AUUUUAUCUUAUUGGAAUGUUGGAUAAUAUAGUCUGCUUCAUUAGUCAUCAAGCAUGCUAUGGAUUUUCCAUUUUUAUAGGAUCUGUAUCUCAGUUAAGGUAGUACUGGUAAUUUUUUUACUGUAUUUGAAGAUGAAAACUAUAGGCCAAAAUCAUAGACCUUGCAUAGAAGCUGGGUAAUGAAGACAGCUCUGGAGGAACACACAGAUACACAUACACAGAAAUACACACACACACACAUAUAUAUAUAUAAAAUAUACACACAUAACAUUUUUAAAAAUUUUAAAGCAAAAGCUGGCCCCUCCCCUCUCACAGAGUGGGCGGGGCAGUGGUUGCAUGGGCAGCUUUCCUUGUGAGCCAUGGGUCCCUCUGGACACACUGGGGCCCAGCCACACCCCCUUUCCCUUUCAUCUUUGUCAUUGACCAAUGGGCUUGGAGCAUUAAGGCCACACCCCUAUUCUGCAUUCCACUGGGGCCCUGGUUACGCCACCUCUGGCUCAGUCACACAGCUGCCUAGUAGGUGACUGGAGGCGUUGAUUAGUGCUCGCUGGGAUUUUGCUGACGUGGCCCCAACCCUACCUCCCUACCCACUCCACAAUGGCAGAAGAAACUCGACAGAGUAAAUUGGCUGUAGCCAAGACAAAGUUUAAAAAAUAUUGGCAGAAAAACAGCCCUAGAGUUACAGCAGGAGCGAAGAGGAACAGGAAAACGAAUGGCAGUAUCCCUGAGACAGCCACUUCUUGUGGUUGCCAGUCACCUGGGGAUUCAGCAACAGGUUUCCACGGGGAGGGCCCUACAUCAUCGGCUACCCUGAAGGAUCUGGAGAGCCCGUGCCAAGAAGAAAUCAAUCAACUGAAGAACACCAUCAAAUCUUUGAAACAACAGAAUAAAGAAUUGGAACAUCAACUGGAAGAAGAAAAGAAAGAAAACAACAGGAGACACAAAGCCGAAAGGGGCCUAGAAGUUCAAAUCCACGUAUUGAACGUAGAAAAAGAGAAAUUACAUGCGGACCUGUGUCGCACAAAAAGUCUUCUCAGACACUUUGAAGAAGAGUCCAAGGAUCUGGCAGGCCACCUGCAAUGUUCAUUUCAGUGCAUAGAAGAGUUGGAGCGGGCUCUCUCUGCUGUGGCCACCACACAGAAAAACUUCUCACUCUUCACCAUCCAGUUCUCGAGCUGCAGUAGAGAACUUAGCCGGUGGCGCUUACAGCAGUCCAAAGAGGAGAAGGCACGGCUGAAAACACAGCUAACACGGUUGAAGGAGUUGCUGACCAAAGUCCAAUUAGAACGAGAUCAAUAUGCUCAUCAAAUAGAAGGAGAGAGGGACAGGUGGCAGCAGAGGGUAAGAAAAAUGUCGCAAGAGAUUGACAUAUUGAAGAACGAAAAAAGGCGUUAUAUGCAUCAGGUAGAGGAGCUGGAGUCCAAACUCAAAAAUGAGAUGGCCGAACCCCUGCCCCGAGAGCCCCCAGCAGUGCCCUCUGAGGUGGAGCUGCAGCACCUGAGGAAGCAACUCGAGAGAGUGGCAGGAGAGCUCCAGGCCCAGGUCGAAAAGAAUCAUCACAUAAGUCUCCUGAACCGGGUCCAAGAAGAGAGGCUUCGAGAGCUGGAGGAGAGGCUUCAGGAACAGCAGGAGAGGCUUCAGCAGCUGGCCAAGCCACAGAACGUCUUUGAGGAGCUGAACAAUGAGAACAAGAGUGCACUGCAGUUGCAGCAGCAAGUAAAGGAGCUACAGGAGAAGCUGGAUGAGGAGCACCUGGAAGCUGCCAGUCAGCAGAACCAGCAGCUAACAGUCCAGUUGGGCCUCAUGGCUCUCCCUGGGGAAGGAGAUGGAGGACAACAUCUGGGCAGUGAGGGGGAGGAGGCACCUCGGCCCAUGCCGAGCGUCCCAGAGGACCUGGAGAGCUGGGAGGCCACGGGCAGCUUUAUGGACCACCCAGAGGAGAAGGCAGACCUGAGUGAGCUGGUGAAGAAACAAGAAAUACGAUUCAUCCAGUACUGGCGAGAGAGAUGCCAUCAGAAAACCCAUCACCUUUUAACAGAGCCAGGGGGCCAAGCCAAAGAUGCGGCACUGGGAGGAGGAGAUCAUGAGGCUGGCCCAGGACAGGGAGGAGAUGAAGGUGAAGCUGCUGGAGCUGCAGCAGAUGGUAUCGGGGCCUGUGGCGACAACAAUGGGCACAGAAAAUUCCUGGCCGCUGCCCAGAACCCUGCUGAUGAGCCCGGUCCAGGAGCCCCAGCCCCCCAGGAGCUUGGGGCUGCAGACAAGCAUGGUGAUCUUUGUGAGGUGAGACUCACCACCUCUGCGCAAGGAGAGGCCAGGGAGGGUCCUCCCUGUGACAACCCUACUGCACAGCCGAUCGUGCGGGACCACCAGGAGCACCCAGGCUUGGGCAGCAUUGGCUGUCUUCCAUUCUUUUGCUGGGCGUGGCUGCCGAGAAGAAGGAGAUAAACAUCAUCAUCAUCAAAGAGCUGGCCAAGAAAUUUUUAAAUAAGAAACCAAGUUAUGGGGUUAAUCUCCGACACAAUUCAUUUAGUUCAUUUGACUGUUAGAGCCACUCAUGAUUAUUUGUGUUUCUAAUUUAUAGUUUAAGUUUAUUUGUAAAAAGUUAAAAGAGAGUGGGCCUCUGUGGCUUUCACCGAUGUUCACUCUGGCA